ACCCAAAAGCCUUCAGUGCUUCCAUGGUGCUAUAAACAGAGUCAUAAAGGAAAGAAUUAAAGGAUUCCAGUGUUCCAAGUUACACAGGACAAGGCCAAUGCCUUCAAGGUCAUAGGAAGGAUCACUCAUGGGCUGGCACGAUGGUUUGGCAGUCUUGGCUGGCCUCCCACUCACAGAAAAAACACAUGGCUCUGCUAGACUUACAGCAACAUCGACUACUUUAUAAUGUGAGUGGGUGUUUUGCUGCAUGUCUGUCUGUACUUCACUUGUUAGUCUGGUGCGCGCAAAAAGCAUCAGACCCUCCGGAAAUAGUGUUGUGCGCCAAUCAGUGGGUCCGCUGAGCCAUCUCUCCAGUCCUUCCGGAAACCCCUUUAUUUUUAUGCCUAAAACAUAAUCAACGCGUGGAAAUUUUCCUCUUAGGGAGUAGAUGGAACAUGAGGGUAGACUCAGCCAUCAAGACACGGUAGAGGCGCUUUCGGUUUGGACUGGCACUUCUGGAGCUUUGCGAGAACCCUCGGAGCUUGGCUCCGGAAAGACCCCGGAAUUUCCUCUUUCUCCAACUACAUUUGCUUUAGCCUUUGGUCACCUGACUCAUCCGACCAACGAGAGGCGGCUGAAUCAGUACUUCCGCCUCUGUGUGCGAGUCACUAUGCCCACCUCAGGAAUUCUCUGAUUGGCUGUCCUUCCGAAACUCGCUCGCUUAUUGGCCAUCGCGGGAUUCGGCUCUCCAGCGGCAACCUAAAGCUGUGUCAGACAAGCCCGGCAGCCCAGUAGCCAUGGCGUCUUAUUUUGAUGAGCACGACUGCGAGCCGUUGAACCCUGAGCGUGAGGCCCGCAACAAUAUGUUGCUAGAACUCGCGAGAAGAGUGCGCGGGGCUUGGAGUUGGGCCCCUGGCAGCAGAUCACUCUUUAAUAGGAUGGACUUUGAGGACCUGGGAUUGGUAGAUUGGGAACACCACCUUCCCCCACCAGCUGCCAAGGCUGUGGUGGAGAGCCUCCCCAGAACAGUCAUCCGUAGCUCCAAGGCUGAGCUCAAGUGUCCCGUGUGUCUUUUGGAAUUUGAGGAGGAGGAGACUGUCAUUGAGAUGCCCUGCCAUCAUCUCUUCCAUUCCAACUGCAUUCUGCCCUGGUUAAGUAAGACAAAUUCCUGCCCUCUGUGCCGCCAUGAGCUGCCCACCGAUGACGACAGUUAUGAAGAGCACAAGAAAGACAAGGCUCGGAGGCAGCAGCAGCAGCACCGCCUGGAGAACCUCCAUGGAGCCAUGUACACGUGAGGCAGCAGCUAGGGCUGAGAGCUCAGCCUCUGUGAUAUCUUCCCUUUGCACUUUGAAUCUUCAUUAAAGGUUUCUUUAACCACCCUGCAGCUGCACUGCUCACCAGCUGAAGGGGCUUCGUCCGAAUCCUCCAACCUGCUGCUAGCCAGAAAGAUGUCAAAGGUGUCAAAAGGCAGAAGGUGCCGGGCUGCAUUUCCCUCUCUGCCAGUCUCUAGACUCUGGGUGGUGGAGCCCUGGGAGCAACAAGGGCUUGGGUCUGAGUGUUCUUUUAGAAGUCAAACUGUGUCAGAUCCUGGCACUUUGUAGCUAUUUAAAACUGAUAAAUUAACUUGCACCACCCCCUUCCGGAAAUCUCUAGUUAACCUUGGAACUUUAGUUAACAUUGGAAUCCUGGGAGUGUUCUUCAUUUCCACAGAGAAAACUUGUAACAUUGUCAAAGUUGCUCUCUGUAUCCUGCCCCUGUAGGCCCCUUAUCAAGGAAUCAAAGUUCAAACCAGACUGAGUAGGGGAAAGAAGUUCUUUAGCUGUUUAGACUCUGAAAGGGGGACAAGGCCUUGUGGAGGUUUUGAAAGUGGGUUUCACUAUGUGACCUUGGCUGGCUUGGAGCCCACUGUAUAGACCAGGCUGGCCUUGAACUUAGAUUCUUCUGCCUCUACCUUCCCAGUACUGGGAUUGCUGGUAUGUACCAGCACUGUGCUCAGACCCUUAUGAUGUAUUUGAAUGGCAUCUGUCACUUUGAGUUCCUGGCAACUCUCAAGAAUCUUUUCUGGAGGAAAGGACUUCUUUCCACCCCUCCCUACUGGAUGGGACCCUCCCUGAUUCUCCAGAACAGACUGCAAACAUGCAAAUUAGAAUUCUUUUAAUAGAUAUAAAAAAGUACUAAAAUA